GUUCCUGUGACUCCCAGGGAGCCGGAUGUGAGUGGAAGAGAGAGGAUCACUUGUUACUAGGCAACCGGCACCCGCCUCACCCAUGUUGCCGUGGUGAUGAUGAAAGUUGGGCUGAUGGGAUUACCAGCUCCUGCUAAUUGCUUAUGAGAGCUCAAGGGGCUGUGGGGUCACCUUCUCUUCCUCCCUCCUGCCACCCCAAGUCGUCUGAGUUGCGUGUUACGCAGUGGAAGAGCACAUUGGCCUGGAUCUCAAGCUACCCACGUUCUAGUCCUGCCUCUGUCAUUUCCUAGAGCUGUGGCCUCGGAUCCCUCCCUGGUGCCACAGCUGCUGAGUGCGCAUCAAAUCUGAAGAAAAUCUACACAGUGCACACAGUCCAGAUAUUCUGGAGUGUGUACAAUAAUAUUCCUCCUGUGACUAGCCUGCCUUUGAGAUGUAGUUAUCAUUUAAUGAGAGGAGAGAGGCGACCACUUUGGGAAGAGGAGAGUAAUGCAAAGGGUGGCGUAUGGAAGAUGAAAGUCCCCAAGGACAGCACGUCCACAGUUUGGAAAGAGUUGUUGUUAGCGACUAUCGGGGAACAGUUCACAGAUUGUGCCGCUUCAGAUGACGAAGUCAUAGGAGUUAGUGUCAGCGUUCGGGACCGAGAAGAUGUCGUCCAAGUCUGGAAUGUCAAUGCCUCUUUAGUGGGUGAAGCGACCGUUUUAGAAAAGAUCUAUGAACUUCUGCCCCACAUAUCUUUUAAAGCAGUAUUUUAUAAACCCCAUGAAGAGCAUCAUGCUUUUGAAGGUGGACGUGGAAAACACUAAUUGCACUCUGUAAAGAAUUCUUUGUCCUUUGCUGAUUGGUUUUGGAAACGGUCUUAACAGGAGGGAGAGUGAAGAGAAGACUUGCCGAAGCCCGAUGCUGGUCAUUUUAGAGUGGGUUUCUGUCCUUGCAGAUUGAGCAAUUAGGAUUCAAAGUGACAGGUGGGGUGGGGGGAGAUUGUGUGGGUUUCUACCGUCACAUUAUUUGCUUUUUUUUGGCUUUCUAAAUUCUCUGUUCUAUUCACUCCAAUUUUUUUUUUUGCCCUUUUAAAUUCCUUAUUCAGUCUAAUUAUUGUUUUCUACACUCCCCUUUCAUUGAGGCACAAGAAAUCGGUUUCCCUUUAAGUAGCUCUGCUGUACCUAGUUAAUGAGAAUAUGCAUACUCAUGACAAUACUGCUUUUGAAAACCACACUGUACUCAGAGGAAUACUAGCUUGGUGAAACCUGUCUUUUGAUUAUUUGUUGUGACACAUUCCUACAUACUAUGCACUGGGCAUUUUUUUUUUUCUGUCCCAGGGAAAAGAAAAACCAUACUUAAUCUGAUUUUGCACUGACAGCACACACAUCUUUUAUUUUUCCUAUUUAAGACUUUUUUUUUUUUUUGCAAUGAAAGGAAAAUAAUAGUUGGGUUGCCUAACAUAAAAACUAUAAUCACAGUAGAGUGUCAGGAUAUAAAUCAAACUCUAGGUCUUCAGACCCUCUGUGGAAAUAUUUCUAACCAGAAUUUCAAUUUGGCCAUUUCAAAGGAAGGCUUAGAGUGGUAGCAAAGAAUUUCUCCCAAUAGGAAACCUUAUAUUUCUGAUUUAAAGAGGAGGUGAUGUUUUAAUUGUUUGUUAAGCUUCUACCAAAUUUUGGGUGUGUGUACCAUCCACUUAGGACUUUCCAAAUCAAUUCGAACACGUGUUGUUAAAUGAGCCCCUUUUCCUGCUCAUGUUGUACGUUGUUUCCAAUGAUCAGUAAGUAGUCCUCCAGCCUGGGUGGCUCUCCCCUCCUUUUCUCAUUUAGGAGCAGGAAGUUAAAUCUCAUUUCCUGGAUGAAUGUGAACAUUCAAAAAGUCGAACUUUGAGUACAUUCUGUUCAUAUUAAUUUUUGGAAUUGUUGAUAUAUAUUGUAUUUAUAUGGAAAGAAAUACUGGUUUUAGUGGAAGGAAAUGGCCACCUUCUGGAACACUGAGACUCGCUCAAAAUGUGCUGAUUGCCUUCUCUGGACUCUGCCAAGCCUCCUCCUGCUUUUACCUGAAAAGGGGCAGGGCCGCCCGUUUGAAGAUGCUCCCUCCUGCUGGCUUUUUUUGGAGUAAGGGGAGCUAGCGCAUGCUUAUAUGUUUUGAAGAAGGGCCAAGCUCUCAGAACUUCAUUGUACUCAGGAUUUUUAAUUCCUCUUGCAGUAUUGACCAGCAGAGAAAGGUGGGGUUACUUCAAGCUUCCAACAUGUGUUUGUAAAUAAAAUUCUCCACAUUUUAAAGGACUUUCAACAAUAUCUAUUUAUAAAAGUUGUGCCCUUCACUUCAUUACUAACCACAUCAAUCACAAGAACAAUGAUCAUAGUUUUAAAAAAAUGCUUUGUUUCUAAACUUGAGUUUUUUCAGUGAUUUCAAAAUGAGGUGUAAGGAUUUCCGACCCAUUUUUCAAAAGCCUGGGACUUGUUUCUCUAAACAUUGUACUAACAUCCAACUUGUUUUUAAAUUAUUCAUCAAGGAUUUAAAAAAAUUAUUCUGGACAUGAAUUAAAAUUCUUUUUUAUAAUAUAAGUAUUUUUCUGAUAGAUUAGAAAAAGGAUAUAAUUGACUUAUCUUCAUUAUAAUUGUCAUAUAUAUUUCCAUAAGUAAAUGGAUUUUGAAGUAUUUUUAUUUUUGGAUUUUAUUUAAAGCAUUGUGAUGACAUGUUCAACUUUUGCAUGUAUGUAGCCUUUGAAGUAAAAAAAAUAAAUAAAAUAAAUAGGACUGUUAGGCUCACAUUCAUGUUUUCUAGUUUCUAUUGCUUAUGAUCACAAAACAUGGCUUAACACACAAGUAGAUUUUUGUCCCAGAGUACUUGUGCAACUAUUAUGACCUUGUGGAAAAUACCAACUAUGAGAAGGAUUUAAUUUGCCUAGGUUAAGAACCUAUCAUCUAAGUUACUUUGAGAGGAUUUUGUCAGAUUUUGCUUUGGAAAUUGUUUUAAUUGAAUAUUUAGUUUGUAAGAGACGUUGUGUGAACUAAGCUGAUUUAAUCACUUUAAAAACCUCUCAUUACCUCCUUGGAUUAAAGAAGCUAAUACUCUUUCGAGAUACAAGGAAAUAUUUUGUGGAGCAUGUGACUUUUGUGUCAGGGCAGUGUACCCAUCUUGGCCAAGCUGGGGAAAGUGGGAACUUAUACUAGAAUCUGGGUUUUUUCAACCAAGUCCUUGCAGACGUAGCCUGUGCUCUCCACAAAGAGCCAUACAGAAGCCCGAGAGCUCACUUUCUUGUCUUUGUCAUUCCUGGGGUCUGUGAUGCAGAGCCAUCGACUGUCAUGGAAACCAGCAUGCUUUCUCGCCUCCUAUUAUUCCCUGGGUUGUCAAACCUCAAGUGCUUGCUUACAUCGGGAAAGUCACACCCCUUAAAUAAGGACGAAUAAUAUCCAUU